AUGGCAAGCACGGUCAGCGCAGUUGUGUUUUCGGUGGCACCGUACCACAUCAUCUCCUAUGGAACCCUUCUGGGGACAUCGUUCUUCCACACCUUCAUCAAUGGCAUCGUCAUGUUCAGGACCGUUGAUCGCCCGGCCUUCUCAGCGAUUCAGCAGCAGCUCUUCCCCAUCUACUUCGGGAUGCAAACAGCCUUGCCCGUCGUCCUCGCCCUCACUUUCCCCGGUAACUCGUUGAUUGGCCUCUCUUCCGGCAUUUCCGGGCUUUUGAGCGACUUUGCUCGGUGGCACUCACUCGCACCUAUCGCAACCAUGUUCUUGACCGGCCUUGUCAACCUCGCCAUCCUCCUUCCCGCGACGACCAAGACAAUGAAGGAUCGACGUGGUCAGGCCAAGCGAGAUGGUAAGGAUUGGUAUUCGCAGGGUCCUCACUCGGAUGAGAUGAAGGUCCUGAACAAGAAGUUCGGCAUGCUCCACGGGAUUUCUUCUCUGAUCAACAUAACGACCUUCUUUGCGGCCGUUGCGUACGGAUUCACCCUAGGAGGCAGGGUCCUAUCUGUUGCAGACCUUGCUUGA